AGGCCAGAUUUAUCUCUGCUCACUCCAUCGCUGACACAUACAAUCCUGAUGAUGACAAGAUAUAUUUUUUCUUUCGUGAAGCGUCAUGGGAGGGCAACGACAAGAGCAUCCUCUCCCGUGUGGCUCGUGUGUGCAAGAAUGAUGUCGGUGGGCUGAGGAGUCUAACCAGUAAGUGGACCACCUUCCUCAAAGCCAGGCUUGUGUGUUCUAUUCCAGGACCAGAUGGUGUGGACACACAUUUUGAUGAGCUCCAGGACAUCUUUCUGCUCCAUACCAGAGAUGACAAAAACCCCAUAGUGUAUGCAGUCUUUUCGACUUCCAGUUCCAUUUUCCGGGGCUCAGCUGUAUGUGUAUACAGCAUGGCAGACAUAAGGGCGGUGUUCAAUGGACCAUACUCCCACAAAGAAGGGCCAGACCACAGAUGGGUGGAAUACGAGGGGAGAAUACCAUAUCCCCGUCCUGGAAUGUGUCCCAGCAAAACAUAUGAUCCCAGAAUCAAGACCACCAAAGACUUUCCAGAUGAGGUGAUCAGUUUCAUUCGACUCCAUCCUCUGAUGCACCGCUCAGUUUACCCUUUGACUGGGCGGCCGGUCUUCACACGUGUCCGAGUGGAUUACUCCUUGACUAACAUUGUGGUGGACAGGGUUUUGGCAGAUGAUGGGCAAUAUGAGGUCAUGUUCUUGGGAACAGAUGCUGGUUCAGUACUGAAGGUUGUGAGCAUCACCCAAGAGAACUGGUCGACAGAGGAAGUAAUUCUUGAGGAGCUUCAGGUCUUUCAAGCGUCAUCUCCUAUCUUAACAUUGGAGCUUUCGUCUAAAAAGCAACAACUUUAUGUGGGCUCCAGAGAAGGGCUUGCUCAAGUUUCCCUCAGCAGAUGUCACCUGUAUGGCCAGGCUUGUGCUGAAUGCUGUCUUGCACGAGACCCCUAUUGUGCAUGGGAUGGGCACUCAUGCUCACGAUACGUUCCGGCAUCUAAGAGACGUUCUAGAAGACAGGACAUCAAAAAUGGAGAUCCUGCCAUUCAGUGCUGGGACUAUGACGACAAUCAUGGUGGGGGCAAAGUGGAGGAGAAAGUUCUUUUUGGAGUUCAGAACAACUCCACCUUUCUUGAAUGUAUCCCAAAGUCGCAACAGGCCAAAAUCCGAUGGUAUAAGCAAAAUUUGGGAUCUGAACACAGGGAGGAGGUCAGACUUGAUGAUCGUGUUGUCUCCACAGACAGAGGACUCUUGAUUCGCUCCCUUCAUGCCUCUGAUGUUGGUAUAUACUUCUGUGUGGCUCAGGAGAACACACACUUCACCUACACUCUCCUACAGCUCACCCUGCAGCUUCUUACACAUGGAUACCGUGACAGAAAACCAAAGCUUGGGGAAGAUGCAAUUGUAGAGCAGCAGCAUGGUGCCGAGGCACGUCAGCGGUACAAAGACUAUAUGAGAGUAAUGAGCACUCCCUUCCACUCUUUAGAAGAGUACUGUGAUUCACUUUGGCUUGAUAAGAGGGCAUCUAGGAUGAGAGGCAAAGGUUUAGGACAUGGUAAAUGGAAACACAUGCAAGACUUAAGGAAGAGCAGAAAUAGGAGGCACCAUAGGGACAGAGAGGAAGGCACAGAGAGAAAGAGUCAAGUCAGGGUGAUAAGGGCAGCAUGAAGAUGAAAAAGAAGGUCAUAAAUAUUUACAUAAUAAUAAACUUUGUACAUAUUAGUUUUGUACAAGUAUGAAACUGAUAACGCAUAACUUGAAAUGAUUAUCCCAAGGUUUUGACAGCAUUAUGCCACUGAUAUAUAAAAAAUAAAAUAAUAAAAUGCUUUCUUUUUUCAGUAAAUUCACAACUAUGAAUAAUUUGUAAGGGGAAAGUCAGCAGCUACUGAUUAUAAUUAUGUUACAUAUGGCCACCAAUU